UUUUUUUUGUGAAGUAGAAGCAAGAACUUCAAUCAGAGUGACCAACACAUAUUUACUGAAGCCAUGCAGAGUACUAUCGUCAUUUUUGUUGUCUGUUUUUGGUCUUUGUGCUAUGCACAACAUUGUCCACAGUAUGCUGAAACACCUGAAUUUACAGAUACAGGUGCAGCACACUGUUCUACUAAGACUCAUAUGAAAGACUUAAGUGAUGUUACCAUAAAGAAUAUGUGUGGAAAACCAAAGGAUGUAAUUAUUGAUAUUUUAUCAGAAGAUAAAUCAUACACUUAUUUACCUUCAAAAGUAACUGUGAAAAGAUGUGCUGGACAUUGUAUGUCGGGCAUGACAUGUAUUCCAAGAAAGAAAAAAAUGACACCAAUUGCAGUAAGACGUAACGAACGAAACACUGGUUAUGUAACUUGUGGGUACGUGCAAAUAGAAGAACAUGUCUCCUGCAAAUGUGGUUGUACAGUAAUGCCCGGUGACUGCAAUGACUUACAGGAAUACAGUGCAAGUGACUGUCAGUGUAACUGCAUUAAUGGCAUGAAGCCUGAAGACUGUGUUAAGCCAAAGGACAUGUGGAAUAUGGAUACAUGUGAAUGUGAAUGAAUAAACAAUGAAGAGUCUUUAAACUGACAGCUCUAAGUUUACAGAAAACAUAAGUUUCUUUACCCGACUAAGUUUGUCUGUCUACUCUACAACUUUUUGUUUUAUCUUCUUGUAAAGUAUUGAGUACUUAGUAACAAAGUAAAUAAUAAUCCUUGAGGCAUAAGCUGUGUUAAGCAAUAAAUUAAAACAUAUGUUUUAAAUACUGAGCAUAUUAUGUAGAUUUUAUAUCACAUAACAAACUAUAUUAUUCUGAAUACUUUUAGGUACAAUGGAAAUCAAUUUAAUGAGCGAUUCUAAAGUCAUGAAAUAUAU